AUGGCUCUGAUGCUGAAGCUCUUUCUUUUUACUCUUCUCUCUGCAUGGAGCCUGGGAUCCAUGGCUUCCGCACGGUACCUGGACAAGAGCUUCAGCCUUGCUGCUCGAUUACAUGCGGACGACGACUCAUCAUCCAAGUGCUGGGAGUCUUUGCUUGAGCUUCAGGCAUGCACUGGAGAGGUUGUCCUGUUCUUCCUCAAUGGUGAGACUCACCUCGGGGCCGGCUGUUGCCAAGCCAUUCAGACCAUCGAGCACCAAUGCUGGCCUGCCAUGCUUACUUCCAUUGGUUUCACUGCCGAGGAGGGCGACAUCCUCCAAGGUUACUGUGAUGCAACCACAUCCUCUUCGGCUCCCCCACCACCACCACCACCACCACCACCCCCACCACCAUCCAUGGAGCCUAAUGACGUGGUUACCUUGGGUGGCUUUUUCCUCGAUCCUUAG